CUCCCAACAGGAAUGUUGUUUGUUUUGGUUAUGCCGGCCCCUCCCACUACAACAACUAUCACUACAUCACCACACGCUCUCACACAAACACGAGGAAGUGACAAGCGUAGAGAGGAGGCUGGCUGGCUGUGAUAUUGAUACGCUUGAUUUUGUGGCUGUGGACUGCCUUGUGUUACGACAGCCGCUCUGUUUGCUGACUGACGAAUCGAUAUCACAAUAAAAGCAGAGAGCGCUGAAAACAAACCUCUAGUUUCUCCACUGACUGCUUCCGAGUCUUUCCCCCCUGACAUCUUUGAGCAUUUCACAGCAGGAGCAAAAUGGCUAUGCAAUACCCUGGUGCCUCUCUGCCUAUGCCAACGCCUUUGGGCUCUGUGCAGCCAGCACAACCGUUUGACCCGGAGAAAGCGGCCGAGGGACUGCGGAAAGCCAUGAAAGGACUGGGACCUCCGGGAUGACCUCAAGUCUGAGCUGAGCGGGAAAUUUGAAGAGAUCGUUCUGAAGUUGUUGGACCCACCCCGGGUAUAUGACGCCAAGGAGUGUGAUGACGCUAUCAAGGGAGCGGGAACUGACGAGGACACGCUCAUAGAGAUCCUCUCCACUAGGACCAACGCCGAGAUAGUUCAAGCGCGACCUAGAGCGGGAGAUCCAGUCGGACACCAGCGGCCACUUCCGUCGUCUGCUCACCUCUCUGGUCACAGGCAACAGGGAGGAGCGGCCCACGCCUGACCUUGAACUGGCCAAGAAGGAGGCGCAGGAGCUGCUACAGGCAGGGGAGAAGAAGCUAGGCACAGACGAGUCAGUGUUUAACCGCAUCCUGUGUCUGCGGAGCACUGUCCAGCUGAGGGAGACCUUCAGCCAGUACCAGGCCAUCAGCGGCAAGGACAUCGAGAAGGCGAUACAGUCGGAGAUGAGUGGGAACCUGGAGCUGGGAUGUCUGGCUAUUGUGAAAGCUGCCAAGAACACACCAGCUUUCUUCGCUGAGCGCCUCCACAACAGCAUGAAGGGCGCCGGGACCAAGGACAGCGCUCUCAUUCGCCAGAUUGUCUCUCGCAGUGAGGUGGACAUGGCGGAGAUCAAGCGAGCGUUCAACGCCAUGUACGGCAAGCCGCUGUCCAGCUUCAUCAAAGGAGACACCAGUGGGGACUACCGCAAGACACUCAUGGGACUGGUGGGGGAGUGAGGCCGGCCAUGCCAGGCGCUUUGAUGGCAGUUUGAUGCUGGGGAGGUUGUGUGUGUGUGUAAACUGUUUUAGAGAAUAAGGAGGUAGGGGUGAGAUCACGGGAGGUAGCGGGGAGAUCACGGGAGGUAGGGGGGAGAUCACGGGAGGUAGGGGGGAGAUCACGGUAGAGAUGAGAGAUGUUUUUUCCAAGGUGUAAUUAUGACUCAUAGACAGUGGGGAGGGGGGGACGUGGAAAAGAUGAGAAAGAUGGUUUCUCUGUUGGUCGCCUUGUCUCGUCUGUGAAAUGUCCAGACAUGGGCGGUGACUGGAGUGUGUCAUUGCUGUGUCUCGUAGCGUCUGUCAGAUGAGACAGUUUUGCUCUCAACCUGUAGCAAGGGUUCUGCACUACGGCUCAAGAAUCAGAACGUGGAGUGGUCUAUGAGUCUGUGUGUCUGUCUGUGAGUCUGUUGGUCUGUCUGCCAGACUGUGAACUUGUUCUGUCUCGGCUUUUGCUUUGUGGUGUUUAUAACGGGGAUUCUACAUUUUUUGUUACAUUCAUUUUUAUAUUUUUAGUUUACAUCUCCAGAGUUUUUUUGACUUGCCGCAGUUUUGUUUUUAUGCAUUCAGCGCACACUUGUUGGUUGGAAAGCAAUUACUGAUGUUUGUACAAACUGUGUGUUCCCAAUGUCGUCCCAAUGUAGUCUCGUCAGCGGUACUCUAUCAGCGCAAGGCUGGCUGCCAUAUUUCUUGUACAAUGUCUGCACGGUGGUGAAGAAAUGGGAGGUGUUGGUAUCACCAUGCUGACAUUUCAAGUGUUUUCUACGCCGUUUCUAUGCCGUGUUGAUAGAUCACCACACAAACGCUUACAGCCGUUUCUGCGCGGCGUUUUGUUAGAUCACCAUGCAGAUCCUUCAAGUCAUUUCUACGCAGUUUCUACGCCGUUUUACUCCAUAUAUUAUCAUUAGUUAUUGUAUUGUAGCUUUUUUAGUCACUUUCUUAGUUCCUAGUAUGGACACAUUUUCUUGUAGAACAUUUAUUUUGUGUUUUGUUUUGUUUUGUUUUGUUAUUGUGCUGUCAAAAUGAUCCUGUGUUUGUCGGAAAAGUUUGGUGUAACUGAGGUGACCUUGUUAUGUCUGUGUGAUGUAGGGGUGUUGUUUGUGUGUCAUCUUUUCUGUGUGUCGUGUUGUCAUAAUGUUUGCGCCUUGUGUGUUUUGUUUCCUGACGUCUAUCUCCGACAUUUCCCGCGCAUGUUUUUGAACUAAGGGAAAUAAAUGAUGAAAAUGAAAUUACGAUCUGUGAUACAGAAAA